GCACGGCUCAGCUGUUGCGUGGGCGGGGCCUUUGCAGAGCAUGGCGGCGGGCGAGCUUGAGGGCGGCAAGCCCCUGAACGGGUUGCUGAAUGCGCUGGCACAGGAGACUUUCCACGGGCACCCCGGCAUCACAGAGGAGCUGCUGCGGAGUCAGCUGUAUCCAGAGGUGCCACCCGAGGAGUUCCGCCCCUUUCUGGCAAAGAUGAGGGGAAUUCUUAAGUCUAUUGCAUCUGCAGACAUGGAUUUCAACCAGCUGGAGGCAUACUUGACUGCACAAACCAAAAAGCAAGGUGGGAUCACAUCUGACCAAGCUGCUGUCAUUUCUAAAUUCUGGAAGAGCCACAAGACAAAAAUCCGUGAGAGCCUUAUGAACCAGAGCCGCUGGAAUAGCGGGCUUCGGGGCCUGAGCUGGAGAGUUGAUGGCAAGUCUCAGUCAAGGCACUCAGCUCAAAUACACAUGCCUGUUGCCAUUAUAGAGCUGGAAUUAGGCAAAUAUGGACAGGAAUCUGAAUUUCUGUGUUUGGAAUUUGAUGAGGUCAAAGUCAACCAAAUUCUGAAGACGCUGUCAGAGAUAGAAGAAAGUAUCACCACACUGAUUAGCCAGCCUAACUGAAGAUGAUGUAUGAAGGAGUUGGAGUUGUUGAGACCAAGAAUCAUGGCUAAGAAUUGGCAUGGAUCUCAGAAUGACUGAUGUGGAAGCUUUAGCAUCUUGUCAAAAAUGAGGAAACAUCUGGACAGACAGGGCAGAGGAUUUGUACAAGGCCAUGAUCAAGAAGGAAUUUCAGGUCUGCUGUCUUCCAUCUCUAUGCUCUACCUUUCAGACCUUUCAAAAGAAUAAUAAGUACUUAUUAAAAAAUCUGUGUCCUUGCUCAUGUGUUUAAACAGUGACAAUUGCUGUAGGGAGGAAUUUUGUAUGCCGAUGUGACCCAGGACUAGGCCCUAUGUCACUUGGAUCCUGCAUCCAUGUUAGACCUGUCUCUGUGCUUCAGGUUGCUGCCUCUCUUUGUGGAGCCUGAUGCUGUUUGUGAUGGCCUUGGCCUUGUUUUCCACUCAGUGCCACCCUUCUCUGGGUGCACUGUGUAAAAUGAGUGAGUUGGCUGCCACAUGGGGCUUCUGGGGUGUCCACAGUACCCAGGUAGCCAGCAUAUUAUCCUCAUCCUAGCUGGACAACCAUUGACCCAAGCAUGGGGUUUGGGUUCUUGGUGACAAGUUGUUAUAAAUGGAAAAAUGA